UACUCAAAAAAUAGUUUGAGUUUUGCAAACCUUCAAUUUUAACAAAAACCUACAGUAUAUAAGUAUUUUUUCUCACAAAAAUUAAUUUUACUGUAAUUUGCUUGUAUUUACUCCUAGCAUUUAUUGCUAACUUGUCGAGUUUCCGUUCGUUUGGGUUGAAACGGUUAGAGAUGGAUUCCUAUCACGUUCUGAACCUGGUGGGUGAAGGCUCCUACGGCAGAGUUUAUAAAGGGAGGAAAAAGUUCACCGGUCAGGUUGUGGCUCUAAAGUUUAUGCCGAAAGUGGGUCGGUCUGAGAAGGAGCUGCGAAAUCUGAAGAGGGAAAUAGAAAUAAUGAGAGACCUCCAGCAUCCAAAUAUAGUCCAGCUCUUUGACAGUUUUGAGACUGAAACAGAGGUUGUGGUUGUAACUGAAUAUGCAGAAGGCCAAUUGUUCCAGAUUUUGGAGGAUGAUGGAAACUUACCAGAGAAGCAGGUGCGGGGGAUUGCAUGCCAGCUGGUCUCUGCUCUGUAUUAUUUACACUCCCAUCGCAUCCUUCACCGAGACAUGAAGCCACAGAACAUCCUGUUAGGAAAAAGUGGUGUAGUGAAGCUCUGUGACUUUGGGUUUGCCAGAGCAAUGAGUGUCUCCACCCUGGUCCUGACUUCCAUCAAGGGAACGCCGCUGUAUAUGUCUCCUGAGAUUGUUGAGGAGAAGCCGUAUGACCACACUGCUGAUCUCUGGGCUCUGGGCUGCAUUUUGUAUGAACUCCACACGGGGGUGCCACCAUUCUACACUAACUCCAUCUUCCACUUGGUUCAGCUGAUUGUGAGAGAACAGAUCAGGUGGCCGGACACCAUGAGCGACAGCUGCAUGAGUUUCCUGAAAGGUUUGCUGACUAAAGACCCACAGAGACGUUUGUCAUGGCCAGACCUCCUGCACCAUCCUUUUGUUGCUGAUGGUGUUUUAGUAUUGUCGGCCAUAAACCUCUUCAGCCCCUUGACAGUCACACCCAGCCCAGAUGUCAUGGCGCUGAAACUGAAGCAAGUGGCAGAAAAGUCAGCACCGGCAUCAGGGGGGAGCAGGUUUCUGAGAAAAGUCAGGGAUCAGCUGGAGAACAAAAAGAAAGAGGCUGACGGUGGAAAAAACAAGAAGGAUGAAAGUGAAAAGAUGGACCCCGCUAUUGCUUUAGCAUCACCUAAUGUGUGCCUCAUCGACGCCUGGUCCUGUGAAGCUACCGGUGCUUCUGGCCAGCUUGUUGGGACAGCUGCCAGUCAGAGCAUGACUCUGAAGAGCAGAGCUACAUCAAAACAAAGAGGUCAGAUCAGCAGAGAUUAUGAACAGGAGUUUCCCUCUGUGGAGGUUUGGCCCAGACUUGUUCGAAGAGGGAGUAAAGACAGAGCUGCUACGCUCUCCAGACAGGAUGUUGAGAUUGAGAGAUAUUGGAAGAAUCUUUUGCAAGAAACGGACCCCAGCAGGCAGCAGAAAAAGCUGCUAAACUACAAAGACAUCAUAUAUCAAAUAAAAUCCACCAUUACGGCCUUUCAGGCUCAGCUGACAGGCAUUGGUGUGGUGAACGUGCAGCAGAUUGAUCUUCUACUAAAGGUCCUUCAGAACUUGAUCCUGACUCCUGACCCUGAGAAGUCUCGCUACGUCACUUCUGAACUUGAACUACCGCAAGUGCUCUUCGAUAUGAUCAGAGAUUUUGUUUCAAGCUCUGAUUUUGUGGAGGAGGAGACGAGUGUGCUUACACUUGGAGAAAUGAUUAAAUGUAUUCUGAUCUACUGGGAAAAGCAUUUUGAUUGGGUGGAAGGAGAACCAAGGCUGGAGGAGCUCACUAAACCUUUCAAGACGAUCCUCAUCCGGCCUGAUCUCAAGGCUGUGGCGCCGCUUGCUGCUUCUGUUUUGUCUCUCUUCACUGAAAAUUGUGUCGAUGUUUUUGUUGAGCUGGACAUUUUGACCUCCUUGCUGAAAACGGAUCCCUCGACACUGAUGUUGCCUCCUCCUAGUUGGGGGCUGUAUGAUGGCCUCCUCUCUUUGCUCCUACACAUACUGGCUGAGCAUGAGCAUUCUUCAUUGUCAUCUGAGUUAAAUCCCCUCCUGUUAGCAGACUUGUGGAAAAGGGUCGGUUCAUCGCUCACAAGCACAACACCAAACCUGGACUUCCUUUCAGCAGACGGAUUUUACUCCUUUCUGUCGAUUUUGCAGUUUAUCUUAACCAAGGAUCCAUUCUCAUGCAUUGCUCUGUUUUCUGAUGAAACAUCUAAAUGUGUUUACACACUCUGCUGGCUGCUGGGCAACAACUGUCUUCAUUUCCUAGGCAGACGUCCCUCCGGGAGCUCUGAGACAGAGCCGAGUCGCCACACUCUGUCCACAUUGAGCUGCCACCUGCUUUGUUUUCCGUUUGCUCUGGACCUGCCGUCACCAACCUUGUCCACGGUCCUGCAGGUGUAUGACAGCUGCCACGUCGCUUCCAGCCUCCUGCAGGUAAUUCAGACAUUCCCUCAUUCUCUGCUGGAGCUGCCUCUCUCCCUGCUGAGCCGUUUAAUGUUGUGUGAUCCUGAGCACUCCAUCUCCCAUAUUGGCGAAGGUGCUGGCUUUUUUUCAUCACCUCAGACUCCUCUCACCAGAACUGCCAGCUCUCUCCUUUCCGAGUUGCUGCAGCAGGAUGUGCUGUGGGACUCUGCAGUGGAGCUGCUGAACCUGCUGUCCCAAGUGGCCCGCUGCUCCUCUCAGUUCGCCUCCCCUCUGAUCCACGUCGAGGCCGCACCGCUGCAGCAGGCGCUGUCUCAUCCAUACAACCAGAUGCGAGCUGCUGCUUGUAGAUUCCUAGGAAACUUCAAACCUUUAAGACCUAAUGAAGAAGGCACCCUGCAGGUGGAUGUUUUCAGACGCAUGAUUAACUGUCUCAUGGAUUCCUGCCCGCAGGUGCGUCGAAUGGCUUGCAGGGCUGUGGGGAACUGGCUGGGAUACAUUGCUGCAAAGUUUAAAAUGGGAGGAAACUGCAGUGACACUUCAGGUAGAGACAGUGAGAACAAUAAUAGUAAACAGAGAAGCUUACAUAUGGCAGCAGCCAGUGAUUCAUCUUUUAGUGAAGACGAGCAGAGAAGAUGGACGGAGGAAGCUCGCAGAUCGGCGGCCGCCCUCACCUGUCUGCUCUCUGACACUGAUGCUGUAACACGGCGUCACUGCUGCAGAGCUCUAGGAAACUUGGUCAAUGUUGACGGCGUUGUGUCCGUUUUGGAGGAGGGGGUGUACAGCUCCCUCCUCAGAGCAGCGUACAAAGAUUCGGACGGCGCAGUGAGAAACGCUGCUGAAGCAGCCCUGAAGCUUUGCAGGGACCAGCAAGGAGUAAAAUGAGCCACUGACGAGAAGGCAGGUGUCAGAACUACAGUGUCCUUUCAUGUUUGUAUAGUUGGACCAAUACAGACGUCUCACAUCCUUUGACUCUUUAGUAAAUAAACAGUUAGUAUGAAAAGAACAAAAGCAUGGAAAACAUAAUUUUUCCUAUAUUUAAAAUCAGAAGUGACUUGUUUGUGUUACUGUGCACACCUUUACAACAAUUGUAACUGUUUUCAUCAGUUGAAUCCAUCAGCUUUCCAUCACACACCCUAAUAUUGUGGUUCUUUAGAACCAUUCAUAAUUUUACACACUUUAAGUCUUGUUCCGGGUGAAGAAAAUGACCCCAUUCCAUGAUGCUGCCCUCACUGAGCUUUACUGUGCAGUUUUUUAAAAAGAUUUAAGGCUUCCUUUAGGCUGAGAUAAAGCUGUAUUGUCUUUUAACCAUAUUCAGUCAUUCAGAGAUUGUCAUUUUACUUAGAACCUAGCCUGCUCUUGCUGCACAUUGCUGUAGGUCCUCUACCGUUACUGUUGGAGAAGGAGAUCAUUUUGAUCCUUCAUAAAGAGUCUGUGAAAUGAAACUUAAGCUAAAAGGUGUCAAUUAUUUGGAAUUCCUAGGAAAACUGACCUCUACCCCAAGUUAAAUGGAUUACCUUUAAUUGAUGCUGGUGUGCGCUGAAGAAGACCCGAUACUGACUGAAACUGCACCGUAGAUCCUUCAGCAAUUAUAGUCCAGGUUGCAAGCUUGCAAGACCAGAGGCCGCGUUUGUUCUCUUAUAAUGGAAAAAGUUAAAUAAAAUAAUUUCUUUUGUUUCUAUUUAAGCUGUACAUGAGAACUGUGGUUAGGCUUUUAAUAUCCACUGUGUUUGUAAGAUCUUGAAUUUGAUCAAAACCUUUUCUUUUGCUUUUCAGCUUUUUUAUCUAUUUUACUUUUCCUUCAAUUAUUGGGAAGCUUUAAAGUAACUUUACGAUGUUCAUUUCAGCAGCACAAACAGAUGUACAUGUAAGAAAGGUUAUAAAA